AUGCUCACCUUCAAAUCGCUUGUCCUUCUUCUAGUUCUCUUCUCAACUGCCAUUUCUGCAAAGAAGAGAGCCAUCAAGACAGAAAUUCAAAAAACGACAAUAGAUAGCGUCAAAAUCUAUGUGGAGGACCAUGCUUCUCGACUCCAGAUGAAAAUAAACAAGCGCGAUGCACCUGCAAAAAAUUCAGGAAAGAUAUCACUCACGACGGCGUCUCCGUUAGUUAUGACUAGGAGAGAAAGAUUUCGUAUGGAUUUCAUAAAUGGAAUGUUCCCGGCUAACUCGUGGACGCUUGGGCUGGUCGUUGGAGCGGUGGCGGUCUUCUCUGUGAUCAAAAAUGAUCUCACCUUUUGA